GGCUGUGCGCUCGAUCGGGAGCGCGCAAAGACUGCACAUUGGUCGGAUCCUGGACUCGUGAGGAUGGAGGUCCGGCCGGACAGGUUUAAGUCCGUGGCAGCCAAGACUCUCGGGAAAAUAUACGGAGCUCUCGAGAAGAAGCAGGAAAAUGGCGAGACGAUCGAGCUGUCGGCUGAGGGCCGGCCGGAGCUGGUGGAGGAGAAGGAGCUACCUGUUGUGGACUGCACGUGUUUUGGCCUUCCCAGGCGCUACAUCAUCGCCAUCCUCUCCGGCAUCGGCUUCUGUAUCUCCUUUGGGAUCAGAUGUAACCUGGGCGUGGCCAUCGUCAGUAUGGUGAACAGUCACACCAUAUUGAGGGACAACAAGGAGGUCAUAGUGAAAGCUCAGUUUGACUGGGAUCCAGAAACAGUGGGGAUGAUCCACGGCUCCUUCUUCUGGGGAUACAUCGUAACUCAGAUCCCUGGAGGGUUCAUCUGUCAAAAGUUUGCAGCAAACAGAGUGUUUGGCUUUGCUAUAGUGGCCACAUCUUGCCUGAACAUGCUCAUUCCUUCAGCAGCACGAGUUCAUUUUGGCUGCGUUAUCAUUGUCAGGGUCUUUCAAGGACUUGUGGAGGGAGUCUCAUACCCAGCCUGUCAUGGUAUUUGGGCGAAAUGGGCUCCGCCUCUGGAGAGAAGUCGCUUGGCUACGACAGCCUUUUGUGGUUCUUAUGCUGGUGCUGUGAUUGCCAUGCCUUUGGCUGGAAUUCUGGUCCAGUACUCAGGAUGGUCAUCAGUAUUUUAUGUCUACGGAAGUUUUGGGGUCAUCUGGUACUGCUUCUGGUUCCUGGUGUCUUAUGAAAGUCCAGCGGCUCAUCCCACCAUCAGUGAGGAGGAGAGGAAAUAUAUCGAGGAGAGUAUUGGCGAGUCAGCACAGCAUUCAGUAACGAAAUUCAACACACCAUGGAGGGCCUUCUUCACAUCCAUGCCUGUGUACGCCAUCAUCGUAGCUAACUUCUGUAGAAGCUGGACUUUCUACUUGCUUCUCAUCAGCCAGCCAGCAUACUUUGAGGAGGUGUUUGGCUUUGAAAUUAGCAAGGUGGGCAUAGUUUCCGCUCUCCCCCAUCUUGUCAUGACCAUUAUUGUGCCCAUUGGCGGCCAGAUUGCUGACUACCUGCGCUCCAACCAAAUCAUGUCUACCACUAACGUCAGGAAAAUGAUGAACUGUGGAGGGUUUGGGAUGGAGGCGACACUGCUGCUAGUGGUGGGCUUUUCUCACACAAAAGGAGUCGCCAUCACAUUCCUGGUCCUUGCAGUGGGUUUCUCUGGAUUUGCCAUUUCAGGUUUCAAUGUCAACCACCUUGACAUUGCACCGCGCUAUGCCAGCAUCCUCAUGGGAAUCUCUAAUGGAGUGGGCACUUUAUCGGGCAUGGUUUGUCCACUCAUAGUUGGUGCCAUGACAAAGCACAAGACACGAGAGGAGUGGCAGGGUGUGUUUCUGAUUGCAUCACUGGUUCAUUAUGGAGGUGUAAUAUUCUAUGGUAUCUUUGCAUCAGGAGAGAAGCAAGCCUGGGCAGAGCCAGAGCAGCUGAGCGAUGAGAAAUGCGGCAUCCUGGAUGAGGACGAGCUAGCCAAUGAGACUGAGGAAUUGUAUCGCACAAGUGGCGGGGCAGGCUACGGAGCAAUGAACCAGGGAGCAGAUCCUAACGGAGGCGGAGGCAUGGGAGGAGGAGGAGGAGGAGGAGGCUGGGUGUCAGACUGGGACAAAACUGAGGAGUAUGUCCAGCCAGAGGGAACCAAUAACUACCUUUAUGGAGGCGAGGGGAACCGAGAGUUUACAUAA